AUGUAUGGUGCCGUUUACGUCCUAUCAACGUUGACGGGCUACGUCCUCACCUCCGCGCUGCUGCUCAAAUGUCCAACUCUCCUGCACCGGAAGAAGAGGGAAAGGUUCCACAGCAAGCACAUUUCCCAUCGUGGAGGAGCAGCAGAGAACCUGGAGAAUACAAUGGCAGCUUUCAAACACGCUGUGGCUCUUGGUACGGACAUGUUAGAGCUCGACUGCCACUUGACGAAGGAUGAGCAGGUUGUGGUGUCACAUGACCCUCAUCUGCAGCGAGCAACUGGCAUUAACGCCUACAUCUCUGAUAUGGCAUAUGCAGAGUUGCCACCGUACCUCUGCAAACUGGCUGUAACCUUUCAAAGGGAGUGUUUUUGCGAGGGAGGAGAGGACAAACGCAUUCCUCUGCUCAAGGAUGUUUUCGAAGCAUUUCCUGACACUCCUGUCAACAUUGACAUUAAGGUCAAUGACGACACGCUAAUCAAGAAGGUAUCUGAGCUGGUUGUAAAAUAUGACAGAGAGCACAUAACAGUAUGGGGCAACGCUAGCAACCAGAUCGUUAGGAAAUGUUACAAAGAGAACCCUCGCAUUCCUGUGUUGUUUAGCUUUCCCAGAGUGUUGCAGUUGUUGGGCCUCUUUUAUACUGGCCUGCUGCCUUUUGUGCCCUUAAAGGAACAAUUCUUGGAGAUCCCAAUGCCCAAUAUUGUGAACAAACUCUAUGAUCCAGACCGAAUAACCAAAAGUCAGCGCCUCCUCACCUGGCUUGCAGACAGUUUGUUGAUGAGGAAAGCUCUAUUUCAGCAUCUCACUGCCAGGGGAAUACAGGUGUACAUUUGGGUGCUAAAUGACGAAGAAGACUUCCAGAGGGCGUUUGACUUGGGAGCUACAGGAGUUAUGACAGAUUUUCCCACCAGGCUUAAAGACUACUUGGAUCAGAAUGGCCUUUCUAAUCCUCGCUGA